AUGUUCACCCCGUGGGAGAGCCACGCGAUGGAGCCGCGAGACGCGCGCGACGGUGGACAGGCGGAGGAGGAGCGGGGGGAAGGGGGGUCGGCGGAGAACACGGAAGAUGAGGAAGAGGAGGAGACGGAUGAUGAUGAUGAUGAUGAUGAUGAGGGGGAUGAGGAGGAUCAGGAGGAGGAUGGGUCAGAGGAUGGUGCAGAAGACGCGAUUCGAGACGACAGCGAUGUCAAUCUGGCGGCCAUGCGGAGUCUCAAAGCGUCGCGCAGCGGCAAGGGCAUGGUGUCGUUCGCGGACCGGCGGAGGGGGAGCGCGGAGGACGGGGAGGAGGGGUACGGGGACGGGGACGGGGACGGGGACGGGGAGGGGGAGGGGGAUGAUGGGUACAACGAGGAGGCGGAGCAGCGGGAGAAGCUCGACCAGGAGGUUAUUCAGGCCAUGUACGAGCGGGUGAAGCACAUGGGAGAGCUGACGGACAACUUCAAGAAUCUAUUCUUCUUCCUCUGCUACACGUGCCUCUACCUCACCGUGCUCUACCUGCAAGCCGACGCCUCCAUCUGCUACCAAGUCACCACCGCCCACAACGUGCUGCUGCCGCCCGACUACAUGGCAGCAGCAUCCAUGACCAUGAACAGUCCAGACGACUUCUACACAUGGCUCAACGACAGCAUCAUACAGGUGGUGUGGAAGGACCCUCCAUGCGGCAACGGCAUCUGUGAGCGCCCCCUAGAAUUCGAAGCAUUCGGCCGCUUCGGCUGCUCGGCGGACUGUGGGGACCUGGCGGCAGUGACGAGCGUGACAGUGCACCUCACUACCGACUUCCACUCUCCCACUGAUGCCGCUGCCUCUUCCUGGAACCUCUGCCGCGACGCCCCCACCCCUCUCUGCUGGUGGGUACUCUCUUCCGCCCUCCCUUCUCUUGCCUCUUGCCUCUCUGCUGGUGUGCCUCUGCCUGCCUUUUUUCCCUCUCUGCCCUCGACGCUGCUGCCUCCUCCUGGAACCUCUGCUGCGACACUCCAUCCCCUCUAUGCUAGUUUCCCCCCACCCGCCCUCCCCUCUAUGCUGGUUUCCCCCCACCCGCCCUCUCCUCUAUGCUGGUACUCAGAGGAUCACCAGUUCACAGAGCUGGCAUCGGAUAUGCAAGGCACGCUCGCUCGUACAACACACGUUGCAACUUCUCCCUCUGUUCCCGGAGCCACUUCACCCCUUUUCACGCCGUUUCACCCUUUUUUUAUCGCCAGGUACGCAGAGGACCAGCAGUUCACAGAGCUAGCAUCGGACACGCAGGUCACGCUCGCACUGCCAGACGGCUCGUGGUCUCUCGUGCUCAAUGCGCCGGGGGGAGGCAUCGCCGGCACCCUCCGACUCACCGGCAGCAGAAACGCCGCUUUUGCUGCUGCUGCAGUCGCUGCUGCUGGUUUUGGAGGCCUGCUUGCAAUGCAGGCUGUCUGGCCAACUACUGUGGGGGCGGAGAGGGUACUCCCGUCCCCUGCCAUGCAGGUCCCAAGUUCUCUCCCCCUUCUCACCCCCUCCUCUCCUACCUGCCUGCAGGCCUGCUCGCGUUUUGCAGGCUGUCUGGCCAACCACUGUGGGGCGGGAGGGUACUCCCCAGCAGCACUCUCCUCGCUCUUUGUCACCUGCGCCUCUGCCUGCAACGACAACUCCUCCCUGCCCUUCCUGCCCUUUAGUGACUUCUCUUGCGCUGAGGUAAGGGAGUCGACUCAUGGGUUGAAAUGCACACAUCACCUCGCUAGCAUGCCUUCUUGGUUCCCUCUUUUGCACAUGCGCCUCUGCCUGCAACAACAAUUCCUCCCAGCCUUUCCUGGCUCUAACACCCUGCCCCUCUACCCCUGCCUCCAUGCCCCUCUGCCCCUGUCACGAUGCCCCUCUGCCCCUGUCACGAUGCCCCUCUGCCCCUGUCACUAUGCUCCCCUCCAUUGUCAUUACUAUGCCCCUCUACGCUCUGCUCCUCUCGCCGCACAGAUAAUCAACGCCACUGCAGACAGCCUUGCAGGCUUCCAGUGCUCCUACCCCCCCAACUCAACGCUCACCACAGGGAGGAAGGCUCGGAGCCUCUGGGAGCAGGCAGCACAGGCUGUCAGCCAAACCUCUUCGUGGCACCAGGCUCGGCAGCAGGCUCGGCUCCAGGGCCGGAAACGCCUGGCAGAGGUCACUGCUACUGCUGCUAUUGCCUCUUCGCUUGCUGCUUUGCCUGGCAACGCCACAAGCAUCUGGACUCACCUUGGCUCCACCGACUCUCAGCGAAUCACGAGCCUCCACGUGGCAGUCGCCCGAGCCCUCUACACAGCUGUCAAGGACGACUGCCUCGUUGGCUCCCCCCUCUUCUCUCCCCGGGCCAACCCCUCCCCUCCCUCCCCUCCCUCCCCUCCCUCCUCUCCCUCCUCUCCUUCCUCUCGCUCCUCUCUCGCCUCCACUCGCCGCUCCACGCGCCCCUCCUCCCCUGCUAUUCUCCCGCCUGUCAUCCUCUCCCUGUCCUCUCGGUCCCGCCUUGCUGCUUUCCUCUGCGUGCUCUUUGCUGGGGAGGAAGCUGCUCGGAAAGUGCCCGAGUGCAAGUACACUUCAUCGUGGGACGGGCGGCAGCUGGUGUCUGCUUCUGAGCUGGCGGCCGACGUGCCUUGGACUGUUGCGCUCAAUCAGACGUAUCAAUUAUCUCGGGACCAGGCGGCGCGUUUCGUCCUUCUCCUCACCGCAGCGCUCAAGUCCGUCGUUCUGUUGCCGGACGAUGACGUGGCAGAUGCCGCCCGGUUGCUGCAUGCACUCGACGCUGUGGUCGUGGACCCGUCUCUGCCUUCCUGCGGUACCACCGCCACAGGUCCCACAGUGAUGUGGGGGGCGAGCAGGCAGCCCAGCACGAUGGUGCUUUCUCCCUGCCACUGGUCCCACAGUGAUGUGGAGGACGAGCAGGCAACCCAGCACGAUGGUGCUUUCUCCCUGGUGUUCCAUGCCAUGCCAUGUCAUGCCCCACCACCAGCCACAGGUCCCACAGUGAUGUGGGGGGCGAGCAGGCAGCCCAGCACGGUGGUGCUGACUGCCUUGUAUUCCAUGCCACGACAUCUGGCUCGUCUCAAGUCUCUCCCUUGUGUGUUUUGCCAUGCCCCACCACCAGCCACAGGUCCCACAGUGAUGUGGGGGGCGAGCAGGCAGCCCAGCACGGUGGUGCCGGUGGGGGAGCGAGUCACAUGGGUGUGGGCGGAUGGGCAACCCCAUGCCAUCAACGUGGAGGAGCGAGUCUCAUGGGUGUGGGCGGACAGCCAGCCGCAUGCCAUCAAUGUGGCGGGGUUUGGGGAUGCAGCAUCCACUCCUUUCUAUGGCAUGGGCAGCGGCCGGUUGGUCUUGAGUGCUGACGUGGCAUGCAGUGCGGAGAACGUGGGGACCACGGCGACGCUCAUCAACGGCUCACACGCGUCCACCGCUGAUCCUGCGCCCUGUCCCACCACCAGCGCUGCUGCCUCGUCCCCCCCCAUCCCCUUCUCCUACACCACGGUCUUCCCUGUGCCCGGGACCUUCGUCUACGAGUGUUCACGCAUGGGGGAGCCUACGCGAGGCUCUGUCACCGUUCUCCCCCUCUCUUCCUCCUCCUCUGCCUCUUCGCCGUCCUCCCCCUCCUCACCCUCCUCUGCCUCCCGUUCCCGCGCCGCCGUUGGUCAAUCCAGCAAGCCAAUAGAAUGUGCGCCAGGCUGCCUCCUCUCCUCGCUAGCAGACGGAAAAUGCAACCCAUCUUGCAACGUCGACACGUGUGCUUUUGACGGCGGGGACUGCUCAUGCGCCCUGCCGUCCACGUCCGUUCCCGAGCCUGCACCCGUAGCUUCAGGCUCGGUCCCAGGCUCGGGGUUAGGUCCGGUGGGAUUCGUGGCCCGGCCGCAGUACUGUCCCUGUCCUCCGGGACAGGUUCGGUCGGACGAAGGAGCAUGCUGCAUGACGUCAGCCAUAGGGGAUGGCCUCUCCUUCCCCUUCACCCUCGACAUGUUCUCAAAUGCCACGUCAGCAGCCAUGUCUGCUGGCAAUGCCACGUCAGCAGCUGCGUCGGCUGCUAAUGCCACGUCAGCAGCUGCGCCUGGUGCCGCGGCUGCGGGCAAUGCGUCGUCAGCAAACGGCACGGAGGAGGUGGCGUUGUCUCGCUUCGUGGCGGAACAGAACAGGGUGCUGAUAGGACUGAAAAUCGAGCAGACCCGGUGGGACGCUGUAACCUGCCAGCCAUACAGGUUCUCCUCCCUCUUCCAAAACUGCAUGAACCGCAUAUCCACAGCUCCCUUUGGCGUCAACCCACACUUCCUGCCCUCGUCCUCGCUCUACCUCCCUGACGCCUACGUGGCGCUCAACGACUCGUUAACCAGCGCUGACGUGGACACCAUGCAGCCAAUCGCGACGCGGCCUGACGGCGUGCCAUAUGGCUUCCAAGUCGCCAAGGCGAACGAGAGGGUAUUCCCGGUGAUAUUCGACAUCAAUCUGGACAACGAGGCGGCCACGCAGCGCCUGCAGUAUCUGGCGGACAGCUUCUUCAUCGACAACGCCACGCAGUCCGUGUCCGUCGCCAUGCUCACCUACAAUGGCGACUCCAGUCUGUUUGUGUACACCACCGUGAAACUCAACUUUGAGAUCGGGGGCAAGAUCGCAGUGACGUACAACGUGGAUCCGGUGGACGUGGAGCUCUACUCGUCCAGUGCCGACUGGGUGCGCCUCACAGUGUCGGUGCUGUACGUGUGCGCGGUGGUGUGGAACCUCAUAGAGGAGCUCGUGGAGGCGUUUCAGUGCUGGCUGGAGACAGGCAGGAUCACAUCAUACUUCCGAACGCUGUGGAACUGGCUGGAUGUGCUCUCACUCACCAUCCAGUUCAUCGGCAUCAUCAUGUGGUUCAUCAUAUCAGUGCAGAUGGCCGGAGGCUUCCAGGUGCAGCCUCGAUACGACAUCUACGUCACGGGGGACUCGCCCUUUGUCUGGCGGGUGCAGCCUCGCUACGACAUCUACGUCACGGGGGACUCGCCCUUCGUCUGGCGGGUAGGCCGUAUACCACUCUGUGAGGGACGAACCACGUGGUAUACUGCACAGAGUGGUAUACUGCACAGAGUGGUAUACUGCGCAGAGUGGUAUACUGCACAGAGUGGUAUACUGCCUGCGCAGUGGCCUCUACUUUUUUCUCCCUGCACAUCCCUUACCGCUUCCCCGUCUCCCACACACCUCCCCCCUUCCUCUCCCCAACAGCUGCAGUACCCCCCAGUGGGCUACGAGCAAGCGCAGGCAGUAUACGAAUCCAUUCGCAACCUCGUGCAGUGGCGCUCCAUCCUCGUGUCGCUGCAGGGCAUCAACGUCUUCCUCUUCCUCCUCCGUCUGCUCAAGCUGAUGGACUUCCAGCCGCGCAUCGCCAUCCUCACGCGCACCAUGGCAGCAGCCUUCCCGGCCCUCGUGCACUUCUUCCUGCUCUGGGCGAUCAUGUUCAUCGGCUUCUCUCUCUACGCCUAUGUGGUGUUUGGUCGAACCUUGGAGCAG